AUGCCCGCCGCGAAAAAGAUUUCCGAUCGGAAUCACAUAGGGCAAGCUUUUAACAAGCUAUUGAAGCAGAUUGGUGAAUAUGAAGAAUUUGAAUUGCCAGAUUGGUUGAACAAAGGGAAACCUACUCCUUACAUCUUCAUUAGGCGCAAUAUAUACUUGACGAAGAAAAUCAAAAGGAGGAUUGAAGAUGAUGGGAUAUUUUGUUCUUGUUCUUCAUUGUCUGAUGGUUCUUCUUCAACUGUUUGUGGUAGUAAUUGCCAUUGUGGGAUGCUAUUCUCAAGCUGUUCCUCCAGUUGCAAGUGUGGGAUUGAGUGUAACAAUAAGCCGUUCCAACAACGGCAUGUCAAGAAAAUGAAGUUAAUUCAGACAGAGAAAUGCGGAUCAGGGAUUGUAGCAGAAGAAGAAAUCAAACAAGGAGAGUUUAUCAUUGAAUAUGUUGGGGAAGUUAUAGAUGAUAAGACUUGUGAAGAAAGGCUUUGGAAGAUGAAACAUCGUGGCGAGACGAAUUUCUAUUUGUGUGAGAUAAACAGAGAUAUGGUGAUUGAUGCCACUCAUAAGGGAAAUAAAUCGAGAUAUAUCAAUCAUAGUUGCAACCCUAAUACGCAGAUGCAGAAAUGGAUAAUAGACGGCGAGACAAGAAUCGGAAUUUUUGCCACCUGUGACAUAAAAAAGGGAGAGCAUUUGACUUAUGACUAUCAGUUUGUUCAGUUUGGUGCAGAUCAAGACUGCCAUUGUGGGGCCAUGGGUUGCAGAAGGAAGCUUGGGGUGAAACCUAGCAAACCUAAGUUAGCCUCGGAUGAAGCUUUAAAUCUUGUGGCAUGUGAAGUGGCCCAGACACUGCCCAAGGUGCAUCAAAAUGGAGGUAUACAUGAAGGAAAAUCAUGGAACAAUCUUAGACAAGGGCAAAUAUGUCCUCGCAAUUGCAUUGGUGUGGUGAUCAGGUUAUCUCGCUCCACGAGUGAUAGGUGUUUUGGCCUCAUUAGACAUUUUGAUGAGUUUACAAGAAAGCACUCGGUGAUGUUCGAGGAUGGUGUUACCGAGUUUAUCGACAUGUCGAGAGAAGACUGGGAGAUUGCAACUGUGUAA